AGAAGUAGGGUUUUUGUUAAAAAAAGGUAGAUGAGGUUUGCAAACACUCUCUCCGCCGUGUUUUCAAUCAUAAGAUUCUAAAGGAACAAAAAAAUUCGAAUUUUCCGAGAGAAUCAAUCACCCGAAGAUGGCUACUAAUGCUAUCGCGCGUCUUCAUCUGUCAGCGAAAUCGAAUCCGAAUCCGAAUCUUCCACCUUCCAGAGCCAUCAACCUCUCUCGCGAUCCAAGAAUCAUCCUCUCGUUUCCACGAAGCGGAUCCGUCUGCUCACUCCACACCAACUUCUCCUCUCCAAACCUCGCAAUCCCAUGCGCCGCAGCAGGCGGUGGCGGCGGCGGAAACUUCGGUAAUCCAGGCUCAGGCGGUGGAAGCGGAGGAGGAGGAGGAGACGACGGAGAAGAGCAAGAAGGAUCAUCGUCGUCUUCAUCAUGGGGACCGAUAGGUAUGUUCAUCGAAGGAUGGAGAUCACGAGUCGCGGCAGAUCCUCAGUUCCCUUUCAAGGUCCUCAUGGAAGAGCUCGUCGGAGUCACCGCAUGCGUCCUCGGAGACAUGGCGUCGCGCCCCAACUUCGGAUUAAACGAGCUAGACUUCGUCUUCUCAACCCUCGUCGUGGGUUCGAUUCUCAACUUCAUGCUCAUGUACCUCUUGGCUCCCACCGCGGCCACCGCUGGUGUCUCACAGAGCUUACCCGGAAUCUUUAAGCACUGUCCUUCGGGGCAUAUGUUCGAACAGGGGGGAUUCACUGUAAUGAACCGUUUCGGGACUCUUGUGUACAAAGGAAUGGUUUUUGCGACUGUGGGGUUAGCUGCUGGUCUUGUCGGAACGGCUAUCUCUAACGGGUUGAUUGUUCUGAGGAAGAAGAUGGAUCCGGGGUUCGAGACGCCCAACAAACCGCCGCCGACGGUGCUCAAUUCGCUGACUUGGGCGACUCAUAUGGGUGUGAGCGCUAACGUGAGGUACCAGACGUUGAACGGGGUUGAGUUCUUGCUUGCGAGGGCGAUGCCGCCUGUGGUGUUUAAGACGAGUGUGUUUGUGUUGAGGUGUGUGAACAAUGUUGUGGGAGGGAUGUCUUUUGUUUUGUUGGCGAGGAUGACUGGAUCACAGUCUGUGGAGAGGAAGAAGGAGGAGGUUGCAGUUGAGGAGGAGGAGAAGACGGAGAUUCAUGUGAAGGUGAAGGAUGUUUGAAUCUCAUCGUUUAUCUUUUGGAAGCUCUCCUCUUUGUUUUCACUUGUUCAUAGGAACUAAAGAGAGGUUCCUUCUUCAAUGAUAAAAGCUUGAGACUUUUUUAGAGUUGUGUUAUGUUUAUGAAUGAAUAAAUAAGACUGGUCCCUCUUUAGGUUCAUCCUAAUAUUUGGAUUUUCAUUGUUUGUUGUUUUCUUUAUCUACAUUUACCAAGAAAAUAAAUUCAAUAAAAGGGUUUUCAUGA